AUGGAAUUGUCUCUGCUCUCUUGCACUGAGUCACAGCGCUUCAUAACACGCAUUCUUCAUCUGUCUGCCGAUUCAUGUCUUGAGACUAACAGUUCCGACGAUGAGGUUGGUGUGGUUGGCCGUACUCGAUUUUCUGGACAGAGACAUCAUACUCCCACCAGCAAAGCAGCAUUCAAUAGUUCAAGCCAGCAAUUCCGACCACAAGAAAAGGUGCGAGUUGACUCCAGAAUGCAAAGUCUCCAUGCUUUCCUCUCGACUCCUGAUGCACUGUCAAGCCGAAAGCUGCCCUCAGUUAGUACUUGUUCUAUCUUUGAUCAAAGUACUAAAUAUAAUACAAGCCACCAUGAAGUCACCGCCCCUACGGAAUCUUCAGGGCAACCCACCCGAUCUGAUUGUGACGAGGCGAGUGAUUUCCCUAUCUGUUCGUACGAAAAACUGCGAACAGAUAUAGAUUCUGCCCAGCCCAAUGCCGGUGCCGUAUCGUAUAGGCCAUCUAUCCCUUUAGUACGUGAUAACCCAGAACACACAGGUUUGGAGAAUGGAUCUGGAGAAGAGUCGGUUGCCUUGCUCUCUAGUGACAGGUAA